CAGACUGUGUGGACUCGUUUAUAAUGGCAAGAAACGAGGAGAAACAACAAGGCAGACUGAACAGACUGUGGCUGCAGAAAGAGAGAGAGGAGGGACGACUCAAAGAUGUACAUGAGCGGAGACCCAAGCUGUCCACUCUUCAUUCAACUUCCUCUGUGAAAAAGUGGAUCCCCAGUAUCAAGAGUGAAAUAGAGUAUUGUUUGCAGGUAGGUGAAUUAUUAUUAAUGUGUAAAAUGAAUUAUCAGUGGUUGCUGAUGACUGAAUUUUCUGCUGAAAGAAAUGUGUCUGUUUUUGUUUUUUUUCCCCCAUCACAGCAGUCCCAGCUCUCUCAUUACCCAGAGAGGAAGAUAGCAGAGUUCCAGCUGCACAUUGAGGCUUUGGAAAAAGAGUACAAAAGUUUCAUCGCCAAACUACGAGUUCUUGAUCCCUCUUGUAAACACAAGCCAUGGACUCCUCGAGCAUAUUGUAAAAGGAGAGCAGAGACACAAGACUCUCCAAGCAUCGUUAAGAUCCCUCGGCCCUGUGAGUCACAUGACCAUAGGAGCCAGCUGAAUGGAGGUGAGAGGCCUACCGAUAUAACAGGAUGUCUCAAAGCCUCAGCCACUGAGACACAUAGCCCUCCCAGUCAUUUGGCGACCAGGUUUCAAACCCCUGUCCCCACCAGCCUAAUCUCAGAGACUUCAGAUGCAGCCUGUGCAGACCAGGACCAGCCCCUCUUCUUUGACCGUACACGGCUGGCGGUGGCUUCUGCUGCGUUCAGAGGACUGUCAGAUCAGCGAGGUGUCCUUCAAACGCAGAGCCUAGCCAGGGUUCUGCAGUCUGGCCUGCCAAACCUCAAUAAUACAUCUUUCGGACAAAGAUUUUCAACCCAGAGCAGAGACAAUGUAGGACCCAGAGAGAACAAUGAGGGGGCAACAAUGGGAUCUGAUGUGGGACAGAAAGAUGUGGUCCGAGAACAUGACUCAGACUGUAAAACAGCAGAGAGGAUACUGGGGAAAACAUCCAGUACUGGGACAACAGGGGAGAAGACAUUUCAUGUUCUGGGACUAGACAAUUACUCUUCUUCUGAUGAGGAGUCGGACACAUGAUAGUUUGAGAUGAUAAAAUAGAAUGUUCUGCAAUUUUCUACAAUUCACAUUACGAUGAAGUGUUUUAUGUAACCCCUCGAUGUCCUGUGUACAUUUGAGGACUUCCUAAAUAGUGGUGGGCCAUC